GGGAUAUUAUGGGAUGCCUGCCCCCUGAUCUCUUUGUGUGUGUGUGCGCGCGCGCGGGGUGUGUGUAGUGUGCGAGGGAGAGAAAGAGGAGACGGCGUCGUGUGCACACGCUGCCCACAAAAAAACACGGAAAUAUAUUUAAAUUGUACCGUUACCUUAACACAAAGAGCUUCCAAGUGUUGAUGAAUUUAGACAAAGUGAGCCCGGAGUUACUGUUUUGGGGAAGCUGUGUGAAUCAAGUUACUCAAGAUUGGGUCAGAACCCUGGAUUAUCCUAAAAACACAUAACUUUAUUUAGUUAGCUAAACUGUUAGCUAACUAAAUAGAAAGUUUUCAGCUGUCCGCUAUGUCUGGAAGCGAGGACGACAGAGAUGAUUAUGGAGCCCCCGAGGACCGGUUAAUGCACGAUGACGAGGAUGAGGAGAUCUCCGAGAACGAGACUCCGAAGGUGAAGAAGAAGAAGAAGGCCAAGAAGAGCAAAGAGAGCAAGGGCAGCAAGAGGCGGUCGCGCAGAGAGGAGCUGCCCAUCAGCUCCCCAGAGGCCAUGGAUGUGGGCAAGGUGGAGGAGGCGGAAGACGGCGGCCUUGCCCAGCGCUCUGACAGCGAGGGCAGCGACUACACGCCAGGGCGCAAAAAGAAGAAGAGAGCCAGCAGCGGCAAGGAAAAGAAGAGGAGCAGCUCCGGCACCGAACGGAGCAGCUCCAAGAAGAAAGAACCGGAGCCCGAGGAGGAGGAGGACGACGACGACGAUGACUUCUCGGAGCCAAAGUCGUCAUCGCAGCUGCUGGACGACUGGGGCAUGGAGGACAUCGACCACAUCUUCACUGAGGAAGACUACCGCUCUCUGACCAACUACAAGGCCUUCAGCCAAUUCGUCAGGCCCCUCAUCGCAGCCAAGAACCCCAAGAUCGCCGUGUCCAAGAUGAUGAUGGUUCUGGGUGCCAAGUGGCGGGAGUUCAGCACCAACAACCCCCUGAGGGGAGCCGCGGCCGCCAACGCCGCCCUGGCCACCGCCAACGUACCGGCGGCGGUCGACACCAUGGUGGCGGAGGUCGUCCCAGCUCCCGUAGCCCCGCCGGCCCCUGCAGAGCCCCAGCUGCCCCCUCCCCCGCCGCUACGCAAGGCCAAGACAAAGGAAGGCAAAGGUCCCAACGCCCGCAAGAAGUCAAAACCUACACCUAAACCACAAGACAAGAAGAAUAAUGCCAAGACCAAGAAAGUGGCUCCUCUCAAAAUCAAACUGGGAGGCUUCAACAGCAAGCGGAAACGCUCAUCGAGCGAGGAGGAUGAGCCUGAAGUGGACAGUGACUUUGAGGACGGCAGCAUGAACAGCGUCUCCGUCUCAGAGGGAUCAAACAGCCGCAGCAGCCGCAGCAAAAAGAAGCCGUCCAAGAGCAAACCCAAGAAAAAGAAAGAAGCCGAGGAGGGCGACGGCUACGAGACCGACCACCAGGACUACUGUGAGGUUUGCCAGCAGGGGGGAGAGAUCAUCCUGUGCGACACCUGUCCCAGAGCGUACCACAUGGUCUGCCUGGACCCCGACAUGGAGAAAGCCCCCGAGGGCACCUGGAGCUGCCCACACUGUGAGAAGGAGGGCAUCCAGUGGGAGGCCAGGGAGGAGGUGUCGGAAGGCGAGGAGGACCUCGGCGAGACCGGAGAGAUGGAGGAGGACGACCACCACAUGGAGUUCUGCCGAGUGUGUAAAGACGGAGGAGAGCUGCUCUGCUGCGACUCGUGCCCCUCAUCGUACCACAUCCACUGCCUCAACCCGCCGCUCCCAGAGAUCCCUAACGGAGAGUGGAUCUGCCCCCGCUGCACGUGUCCAUCCAUGAAAGGGAAAGUCCAAAAGAUCCUGACGUGGCGGUGGGGCGACGCUCCUCCACCCACACCCGUCCCCCGCCCUCCAGACCUUCCGGCCGAUUCCCCUGAUCCCGCCCCGCUGGCAGGGCGGCCGAUGAGGGAGUUCUUCGCCAAGUGGUCCAACAUGUCGUACUGGCAUUGCUCCUGGGUCACAGAGCUCCAGCUCGAGCUUCAUUGUCAGGUGAUGUUCAGAAACUACCAGAGGAAGAACGACAUGGAUGAUCCGCCGCCCAUCGACUUUGGCGAAGGAGAGGAGGACAAGAGCGUCAAGAGGAAGAACAAGAACCCCAUGUAUGCGGAGCUGGAGGAGAAAUACCUCCGCUUUGGAAUCAAGAUGGAGUGGCUAAUGAUGCACCGCAUCAUCAACCACAGCGUGGACAGGAAGAAUAACGUCCACUACCUGAUCAAGUGGCGAGAGCUGGCGUACGACCAGGCCACCUGGGAGGCCGACGACAUGGACGUACCGGAGUUUGACACCUACAAGGUGCAGUACUGGAACCACAGAGAGCUGAUGAUGGGAGACGAGGGGAAACCUGGGAAGAAGAUCAAGGUGAAAGGAAGAGUGAAGCGGCCCGACAGACCUCCUGAGAACCCCGUGGUCGAUCCGACUAUAAAGUUCGACCGUCAGCCCGAGUACCUGGACAGCACGGGGGGGACGCUGCACCCCUACCAGCUGGAGGGUCUCAACUGGCUCCGGUUCUCCUGGGCUCAGGGCACCGACACCAUCCUGGCCGACGAGAUGGGUUUGGGAAAGACGGUUCAGACGGCCGUCUUCCUGUACUCGCUCUAUAAAGAGGGCCACUCUAAGGGGCCGUUCCUGGUCAGCGCUCCGCUCUCCACCAUCAUCAACUGGGAGAGAGAGUUUGAGAUGUGGGCCCCCGACAUGUACGUGGUGACGUACGUCGGAGACAAAGACAGCCGAGCCGUCAUCCGAGAGAACGAGUUCUCCUUCGAGGACAACGCCAUCCGUGGAGGGAAGAAAGCCUCCAGGAUGAAGAAAGACUCGUCGGUCAAGUUCCACGUCCUGCUGACCUCCUACGAGCUGAUCACCAUCGACAUGGCGAUCCUCGGCUCCAUAGACUGGGCCUGCCUGGUGGUGGACGAAGCCCACAGGCUGAAAAACAACCAGUCCAAGUUUUUCCGGGUGUUGAACAACUACCCUCUGCAGCACAAACUGCUGCUGACUGGAACUCCUCUGCAGAACAACCUGGAGGAGCUUUUCCACCUGCUCAACUUCCUCACACCUGAGAGGUUCAGUAAACUGGAGGUCUUCCUGGAGGAGUUUGCCGACAUCGCCAAGGAAGACCAGAUCAAGAAGCUGCACGACAUGCUGGGUCCGCACAUGCUCAGGAGGCUGAAGGCCGACGUCUUCAAACACAUGCCCUCCAAGACAGAGCUCAUCGUCAGAGUGGAGCUCAGCCCCAUGCAGAAGAAGUACUACAAGUUCAUCCUGACGAAAAACUUUGAGGCUCUGAACACCAAAGGAGGAGGAAACCAGGUUUCUCUGCUCAACGUCGUCAUGGACCUCAAGAAAUGCUGCAACCACCCCUACCUCUUCCCCGCGGCUGCUAUUGAAGCUCCAAAGAUGCCCAACGGGAUGUACGAUGGCAACGCUCUCACAAAGGCUGCCGGCAAACUGCUCUUACUGCAGAAGAUGAUGAGGAAGCUAAAGGACGGAGGACACCGAGUGCUCAUCUUCUCUCAGAUGACCAAGAUGUUGGACUUGCUCGAGGACUUCCUGGAGAACGAGGGCUACAAGUACGAGAGGAUCGAUGGAGGGAUCACCGGAGGGAUGAGACAGGAAGCUAUUGAUCGCUUCAACGCCCCUGGCGCGCCGCAGUUUGCCUUCCUGCUGUCGACGAGGGCCGGAGGUCUGGGUAUCAACCUGGCCACCGCCGACACCGUCGUCAUCUACGACUCUGACUGGAACCCCCACAACGACAUCCAGGCCUUCAGCAGAGCUCAUCGUAUCGGCCAGAACAAGAAGGUGAUGAUCUACCGCUUCGUCACCAAGGCCUCUGUGGAGGAGAGGAUUACUCAGGUUGCCAAGAAAAAGAUGAUGCUCACUCACCUGGUGGUCCGACCCGGUCUCGGAUCCAAGACUGGCUCCAUGUCCAAACAGGAGCUGGACGACAUCCUGAAGUUCGGAACGGAGCAGCUCUUCAAGGACGAGUUUGAACGCGAGAACAAGAGCAAGGAGGAGGACAGCAGCGUCAUUCACUACGACGACAAGGCCAUCGACGUUCUGCUGGACAGGAACCAGAGGGACACAGACGAACCGGAGCUGCAGAGCAUGAACGAGUACCUGAGCUCCUUCAAGGUGGCUCAGUAUGUGGUCAAAGACGAGGAGGAGGAGGAGGAGGAGGUGCAGCGGGAGAUCAUCAAGCAGGAGGAGAGCGUGGAUCCGGACUACUGGGAGAAGCUGCUGCGUCACCACUACGAGCAGCAGCAGGAGGAUCUGGCCCGCAACCUGGGCAAAGGCAAACGCAUCCGCAAGCAGGUCAACUACAACGACGGCUCUCAGGAAGACAGAGGUAAGGACAGAGCCGAUUGGCAGGAUGACCAGUCUGACGGCCAAUCAGAUUACUCGGUGGCGUCUGAGGAGGGAGACGAGGACUUUGAUGAGCGGACAGAAGCCAACUCUCGCCGGCCGAACAGGAAGGGCCUGAGGAACGACAAAGACAAACCGCUGCCCCCCCUGCUGGCCAGAGUGGGAGGCAACAUCGAGGUGUUGGGUUUCAACUCUCGGCAGAGGAAGGCCUUCCUGAACGCAGUGAUGCGUUAUGGGAUGCCUCCCCAAGAUGCUUUCACCACCCAGUGGCUGGUCCGAGACCUGCGAGGGAAAUCUGAGAAAGAGUUCAAGGCGUACGUCUCUCUGUUCAUGCGUCACCUCUGUGAGCCCGGGGCCGACGGGGCCGAGACCUUCGCAGACGGCGUCCCCAGAGAAGGGUUGUCGCGGCAACACGUCCUUACCCGUAUCGGUGUUAUGUCACUUAUUCGCAAGAAGGUUCAGGAGUUUGAGCACGUGAACGGUCAGUGGUCGAUGCCCUGGAUGGCCGAGCUGGAGGAGAGCAAGAAGGCCGCGGCUCAACCGGACUCCCCCGGGAAAACCCCGUCCACCGGCACCCCCGCCGACACACAGCCCAACACACCCGCUCCAGUUGACGACUCCUCCUCAAAGACCGAGGAGGCAGCGAAGGACGCAGAAAAGGAGGUGAAGAACGAGGGCGAGGCGGAGAAGAACGGCAAAGAGCCCGCGAAGGCCAGCGACGAGGUGAUCGCAAUCCCGGACGACGACGAGAAGAGUCCGCCAGCCGAGGCGGAGAGCAAGAAGAACGGCGAGGAGCCGAUGGAGACGGACAAACCCAGCAACGGAGAAGCCGAGAGCGUCAAAGAGAAGGAGGCCGAGAAGGACGGCGAGGCCGAGAAGGAGAAGAAGAGCUCAGAGGAAGGAGAGGAAACCAAGUCGCCUCCGGAGGCCAAGACGGAGGGGUCAGAGGUCAAACCUGAGGACUCUGAAGUCAAAGCAGAAGAAAAGAAAGAAGAAAAGAUGGACACCACUGCUCCUGCAGAUGAAAAGAAAGCAGCAGAUCUGAAGGAGGAGAAGGAGCCUCCGAAGCCGGAGGAAGCAACCAAACUGCAGAACGGAGACAGCAGCAAGGAGAGCGGAGCCUCAGCCACCGCGGCCACCGCCGCCACUGGAGCCGCCAGCGAGGAGAAGAAGAAGGCCAAGACCAGAUUCAUGUUCAACAUCGCUGACGGAGGAUUCACAGAGCUUCACUCUUUGUGGCAGAACGAGGAGCGCGCCGCCACCGUCACCAAGAAAACCAACGAGAUCUGGCACCGUCGUCAUGACUACUGGCUGCUGGCUGGCAUCAUACAACAUGGUUACGCUCGCUGGCAGGACAUCCAGAACGACGUCAAGUUCGCCAUCCUCAACGAGCCUUUCAAGGGAGAGAUGAACCGAGGCAACUUCCUGGAAAUCAAGAACAAGUUCCUCGCCCGGAGAUUUAAGCUGUUGGAGCAGGCGCUGGUGAUCGAGGAGCAGCUGCGUCGCGCCGCCUACCUCAACAUGUCUGAGGACCCCUCCCACCCCUCCAUGGCCCUCAACACCCGCUUCAGCGAGGUGGAGUGUCUGGCCGAGUCCCACCAGCACCUCAGCAAGGAGUCCAUGUCCGGGAACAAACCGGCCAACGCCGUCCUGCACAAAGUGCUGAAGCAGUUGGAGGAACUGCUGAGCGACAUGAAGGCGGAUGUCACCCGCCUGCCGGCAACCAUCGCCCGGAUACCGCCGGUUGCCGUGCGACUCCAGAUGUCGGAGAGGAACAUCCUGAGCCGGCUGGCGAGUCGAGGGCCCGAGACACAGACGCAGUCACAGACGCAACAGAUGUCGCAGCAGUAGACUGAGACUCUGCGCUUUUACCUCGAAAACCAACCCCCCUGCCUCACCUCAACAUUCCUGAUUGGUGCACAGCAGAAUGACGGACAGCGCGCUCAACUUGAAGCCACGCCCAGUUCACUUCCUCUCCCCCCCCCCCUAAAAAGACUUUAAACAGAGUUUUUCUGGAGCAUCGGAUCCCUUCCCCAAGUUUGAGGCUGUGGACAGAAAAGCUAUUUUAUUUUUUAUUUUUUUCCUCCAUUUUUUCAAUUUCUGUAUUAAUAUUAUUGAUAUAAUGUUAUUAUGAUGUUUUUUUGGGACCUAAAUAAAAAAAUGUAAUAAAGAA